GGUGUGUGCAGCGCGGCGGCGCUGGCGAGUUCAUUUUCUUGCCUUUGGCAGCCGAAAACGUUGCGCAGGUUUUUCAAUUCAUUCGCAUUUGGACCGCAGUCGCGGCAACAACGCUACUUGCGAAACGGAACGAAACGCAGUGAGUGUAAUGCGCUAAACUCUCAAGUCAAUUUUGCGUUGAAACGAGACGCCGUCGUCGUCGUCGCAGCAGCGACGUUGUGACGUCAAAAGCAGCAGCAGCAGCAGCAGGAGCGUUGCCAUAUCUACUCCCGCCCGUCGCCUCCCCGCAACACACACCACACACCACAAACACAAACACUCGCAUACGAAAACAAUAUAAAGGAGCACAUACCAAAAAACCAAGUAGAAGAAGAAGAAGCAGCAGCAGCACAACGAAUACGACAACUAGCCAUAAUACGUGUGAAAGAGCGGGAGAGACAGAUAGAGAGAGCGAGGGAGAGAGAGAGAAAGAGUGUUAGCUUUGUGUGAGCAACAACUACAACUUCAACUACAACUUCAACUACAACAAGAACAGCGACAACGUUGCAAAAGGAGCCGUAAAAAUGGAACAGCCGAGCAUACUCGUUAAAAUCCUGCAUUCAAUACCGCAUGUGAAUUACACAUUUCGUCGGGUUAAUGACACCUUCAAUCCGGAUAGCGAUGUUUACCUAGAGAGCCUGGGCAUCUUGGCCUCGAUACCCGCCGGCCUGCUGAUACUCUCGCUGCUCGGCCUGCUCCUGUAUCUGCUGACGCGCUGCUGCGAUCGGAAGCAGCGCAAGCCGAGCACCCAGCGCUGCCAGAGCUGUUCGCUGGUCAUCAUAACGUUGAUGACCUGUGCGGCCAUUGGACUAGGUUUAUAUGGCAACGAUGAUUUCCACAAUGGUCUGCUGCAGGCUUUCAGCUCCGGCAAGAAGGUGGAGAGUCUUGUGCUCAAUCUUAAACAAGAGACUGAAACCAUCAAGCGCGAUCUGGAAACGAAAAUGGCUUCGCACAACGUGGUGAACCAGGUGGAGAGACAGCAAUACAAUCAAACCGCUGUCAUGCUGCUCAUUGAGACGUCCCGUCUGGUGCGGGAGAAUACCUCGCGUGCGGUCACCUCGCUGGACAACAUGGUGCUCUACUUCAUGAAGACCAAGGGCAGCGAGAAUGAGACCUCGCUGAUGGGCAUUCUGCACCUGGGCGAUCUAUAUGAAUCUAUACGCUGGCCGGCCACAUUGGCCUUCCUCACCCUGCUCCUAUUCCUGUGCACCGUGCUGGUCAUCGGCGUUGCCCGUCGCUCGCGCUGCACUUUAAUUUUCUUCAGCGUUUCCGGCUUGUUCUGCAUCAUCAUCUGCUGGCUGUUGGCUGGCAUCUAUUUGGCCUCCAGCGUGGCAGCCGGCGACUUUUGUAUGCGGCCGCAUGAGUAUAUGUGCCGCCAGGUGGGCAUGCGCAGUCCCUAUGUCUAUUUCCUCAACUGUGGCACGUUGCGCAAUCGCUUUAUACUGCGCCUCAACGAGUCUCGGGAUCUGGUGGAACGCGCCCGUGAGAGCGUUGAAAUGAUGCAACGCAUGAGCCAGGACACGUAUCCACGCAUCGACAUACAGCGCACGCUUAACGCCAUGGACAACGAUCUGGAGGAGACAAAACGCAAUCUGACAAAUCUCUCGGCCACGCUGGACAGACGCGCCAUCGACCGGCACUAUGCGGAGGCGUUGCACGGCCUCUGCGGCGGCGGCCUGCUCGGGCUCAGUCUGAUGAUGGUCGCCGGCCUGUUGACCUCGUUUCUGCUCACGAUACUCGUCUAUGCGGACUCGCAUGCCUGGAUUUAUCUGAGCAAGCGGCCCACGAUGGAUGGCGACAAGUCGGAGACGGCGCCGCUGUUCUCGGCCUCGAAUGCGCCAAGCGCCAGCAUUUCGCCAACGGCGCCCAUGAGCACCGGCACCAUCAAUCGGACGCUGCUGCAUCAUCAGCAGGCGCAUGGUGGUCCCAUUGGUGGCAGCGUUGCCGGCGGCGCUGGAGCCGGGCACACGGGCACGCUGCCCAGCAGCAACAGCUUGGCUGGCGGCAAUGGCGCCGGGCCCUACAGGAAUGGCACAGCGGGCCUGCGACAAGGGUUGGCAUCACCAUCAUCACAAUCAAGCAACAAUACAUCAUCUACUACAACUUACCACCACCACAACAACAACCACAACAACAACCACCACUACAACCACAACAAUACACAGCAUAGAACUAACUCAGCGGCAGCGGCGGCGGCUGCGGCGGCGGCCUCAUCGCUGUCCAGCCGCUCCAAUGGCGGCCGCCGUUCGCCGUCGCCGCCGCCCGGCUAUGAUUUGGUGCAUGGCACAAGAUCGGGCCACCAUACGCUGGGUCGCCUGCCGUCGCACCACCAACAGUCGGCGUCGUAUCUGCCCGGCCCGAACAAUGGCAAAUACGCGACGCUCAGCAAGCAGUGUAAGACGCUCGAAUCGAACGACUUCUACUGAGAUUCGCUUGCCUGCAGCACGUAUGCAGGCAAUAGCAACAACACGCAGCACAGCAGCAACAUCAAUCAGCAGCAGCAACAGCAGCAGCAGCAACAGCAGCAGCAGCAACAGCAGCAGCAGCAACAGCAGCAACAGUUGCAGCAGCAACAACAGCUGCAGCAGCAGCAACAGCAACAUCAUCACAGCAGCAGCAGCAGCAACACAUUGAAGAACAUAUUCGCAUCGGCAACGCUGCCCCGCUCGACGGGCAGCUCCAUACGCUCCGUGCUGUCCGCCCAGACGGCGAAUGCCAUUUGCAAGUCGACGGGCAACGGCCUGGACGCGGCUGAUGUACUGAUCGACGAUCGUGAUCCGCGCGAUGUCACCAACAACAGCUUCAAUCGCUUCGAUCCCAAGUACAUCAGCAUCGGGCCCAAGGCGGUGCGUGGCAACAACAAUUUGAAUAUUGUGGCUGCCGCCACGGCCAAUAGGUGCGCCACGCUGCGGCAUGUCGGUCGCUAUGGUGGCUCCCUGAAGGGCGCCUCGCCGUCGCCGAAUUUGCGCAGCGCCAAGACGCCAUCCAUAGCGACAGUGUCCAAGGAUUACUGCCAGCAGGCGGAGUGCAUGCCGCAGGUCUAUGCCGCCGGGUCGACGGACAUGCUGGUGCCCAGCUCGACGACGCAGGUGGUGCAGCAGCAGCAGCAGCAACAGCCACCUCCACCACCAUCGCAACAACAGCAGCAGCUGCAAAUGCAGUUGGUGGUGCAGCAGGUGGCGCCACCACCGCCGCCGCCACAGCAGCAGCAGCAGCAGCAGCUGUUGCAGCCACAGCCCGCACCACCGCCACCACCCAAGCCAAAGAUAGUCAACACCUUUACGGAAAUACCCGGUACCACGGGCGUGGGCAGCUCCUAUGCCAAGGAGCAGCAGCAGCUGCUGGCGCUGCAGCAGCAACAACAGCAGCAGCUGCUCGCCUUGCAACAGCUGCAACAGCAGCAGCAGCAGCAACAGCAACAGCAGCAUCAUCAUCCACCGACCACACACAUUCUGCCCCCCUCGGCUGUCUACAGCAUUGAGAGCAGCAGCGUCUAUCCGGCGACGGCGGCAGCAGCAGCGCAGCAGGUAGCACCAACGGCGGCGCCACGCGUGCAGCGCUCCCUAAACCCAGCCUCGAUAGUCAAUCAGCCGCUGCCGGAGAUACCCGUGCAGUCGCCCACCGGCAACAGCGGCAUGCCCGGCACACAGUCGAAGAUCUCAUCGCAGCCGCUGUGCGCCGCCACCUUGGGGCAGUAUCGCUCGCUGCAGCGGCCACAAACAGCGGCACAGCAGAAGCUGCAGCUUGCCGCGCAGCAGCAGCAACAGCAGCAGCCGCCUUCGCUGCCGCCCAAGAAUCGGCACAAGAACUCGCGGGAUGUGAACAAUGCGAAUCAUAUGCAAACGUUGCCGCCCAAAUCUGCGAGCCUGCGCCAGCAGCAAACCGCCAGCUUUGGCUAUGAGCGCGACAGAGAGCGCGACCGCGACAGAGAGCGUGAGCGGGAGCGAGAGCGUGAAAGAGAUCGCGAACGGGAGCGACCACGUCGCGCCGAAACGCUGGACAAUGCGCGCAGCUACGCCGAACAGCAGCAAUACGGAGCCCAGCCCCUGCUCAGCAGCAUGAAGAAGCAGCACUCCUACGACAGCAGUACCUACCACCACCAGCAGCAGCAGCAGCAACAGCAGCAGCAGCAGCAGGCGGCCUACUUCCAGCGGCAGCACAACAACAACUAUCAUGGCACAGUUUCGAGCAGCGCCAGCAGCAAGCAUCAUCAGCAACAAUUGCUGGUGGAGCAGCAGCAGGCGCUCUUCUAUCGCUCGCUAAAGCGCAGCGGUGGAGGCGGCGGCGGCGGCGGCGGCGGCGGCGGCGGCGGCGGGGGCGGGGCUGCUGGUGUUGUGGCAGCGUCUGGCCAUGCCAACAGCGAUUUGUAUUCUGUGACGGAAUUGUAGGAGUGCGCCUGCUGCGGCGGCGGCGUUGAUGUGCGGCGUGCCACGAACUGUUCGACGGGCACGAGCGCAGCAUCAACGGCGCUGCACGCAGCGGCGGCGGCAGCCUCAGCCAGCACACAGACACAAACGCAGCAGCAGCAGCAGCAGCAGACGCAGCUCAGCCAGGCGCCCAUACCGCUGCCGCCCAAAAAGCAUCGCGCUCAGCAGCAGCAGCAGCAACAGCAGCAACAGCUGCCCUGCAAUGCGAAUCUGUGCGAUGAGCACGAGUACGACGAGUACUGCCCGCAGCAAUAUGAGUCACAGCAGCAGCAGCCGCAGCAGCAGCAGCAGAGCACACGACAUGGCAAACAGCAGCGCGCGGCCACCUUUGACCUGGCGGAUGCGCGCGACUACGAGCUGAAGCGUCUGGGCAAUCGACGCUCGCAGCAGCAGGCGGCCAGCAGCAAGCGCAAUGGCGCAACAUCAGCCAGCGACCAGCAACAGCAGCAGCAACAGCAGCAGCAGGGGCAGGGUCAGGGGCAUCAUCAUCAUCGCACACACGACCGGGAACGUUCACGCAGCGAUCAUCGCAUUGCCAGCUAUGCCUGCGAGGAUGCAGCUGCGGCGGCUCUGUGCAGCGCCGGCUCCAUGAGCCUGCUGGCAGCCAAUGCCAGCGCACAGCAGCAGCAGCAGCAGCAGUCGCAUCGCAGCCAUCAUCAGCAACAGCAGCAACAGCAACAGCAGCAACAGCAGCAGCAGCAGCAGCGACGGGAGAAAACAUUCAAAGUAUGAUUUUUAGAGACGUCAUAAAAAUUGCCCAGCCCGCGACAAGUUGGCUACAAACACGACAACGACGACGGCGGCGGCGGCGUUGAUGUUGCUGCUGUUGCAGCUAAGCGCAGGCGACGCACGCGCUGAACAGCAGCAACAACAACAACAACAACAACAGCAACGACGACGACGACGACGUUGGAGCCAGCCAGCGUUGCGGAUUUUUCUAAUAAUAAGAAAAUUGCAAACACAAACACACACACGCGAAAUGAAAACCAAAAUGUGAAACGAUAAACGAUAAAUUGGCUAAUUAUAUAUGAGUCCAGAAUGCACCUUUAACUUACGGCCCGCAACACCCCACCCCACCCCACUAAAUCCUGCCAACCACGCCACUGAAAUGUGUAAACGAAAAUAUUUGUAGCAAUUUGUAUUGCCAAUUGGCGAAGUUCAAUGAAAAUCGAUGCGAAAAUUUGUUCAAUUAAGUGAAAAGUGAAGGCAAGUUGCAGCACGUGCAACUUGCAACUAGACAAGCCGUGCCUCAUGCAAAUGCACACACACACACAACACACACACAACACACACACACACACACACACACACACAACCAACUCACACAUACUUGUACAUGCCGCGCUCCUGCCCCGCACACAAUGCGCCGCUCUAUUCGAUUCUCAUUCAUAUGUGUUACAGUUGCCAACUGCAGCAGUUGCAGCUGCAGCUGCUGCCCCAUUUAUCAAUUGAAACAUCAAAUCAAACUUUUGCUCCGUGUUGUUGCCUAUUGUUAUAUAUAAUUAACGAAAAAUCCUUCUUUUUUUUUUGUUUAAUAUAUUUAUAUAUACAUAUAUAUACAUAUAUUCAUCUACAUAUAUAUUAACUAUAAUUAAUCAUCAAUGUGUUUAUAUUUAAGUUUAGUGCAGCCUUGUUAAGUCCAUCUAAGCUAUAAUUAUUUAUUUAUGCAACUAAGCAAAGCCCGCCCCUCCCCCAGCUCCCUUCCACCCCUUUAUCGACACACGCGCACACACACACACACACACACACACACACACACACACCUAGCCCUCAAACCCAAACAAAUACCUGAUUUAUAUUAUAAAUAAUUUUACUACACCCUUUAUUUUUUAUUUAAAAAAACAUUUUUUUUUUUUCAAUUUGUUUAUUAUUUAAAAAUCCGUUGCGAAAGCGCAAACAACAACAGCGAAAAGUUCGUAAUUUUUGUGACGUCAGAAAUCUAAAGAGAAGUAAACAAAAGCAAAACAAAGCACAAAACAACAACAAC